AUGAAUGAUAGUGGCCAUUACCGUUGUCAUAGUGGAACUCUUAUCAGCGAUGUUGCCGUGGUGGUUGUUGCGCCCACUCAAGAUGUAAAUACGACAAAAAAUGUGUUGUUAAAGGAGUUUCCAUCCGAAAUGUCAGUGCCUGAGGGAGGAAGUUUGAUACUGGAAUGCCUUCCGGAUGACCCACAAUCGUCCGUGUCUUGGCAUAUUGUCAAUGAAUACGGCCAGCCCAUUCCGAAGUAUAAGUCGGAAAAUAGCGAGUUGCGCACUGCUGUGAUGAUUCAUUCGGCAAGCGCUCAAGAUAAUGGUAAAUAUGCCUGUGUAGUGUCCGGAAAAGCGACCCGACAAACCAUCUGGACAUUCGUCACAGUACAAGUGGCACCGCUACUACCGGUCAAACGUUCGGUACGAAGAAUAACAGGAGCACUUGGAACAACAACACGGCUGAGGUGUUCCGCAUCGGUAGAGCCGCAUGAUGCAUCCUUACAGAUUAACUGGUACAAAGAUGGAAAGAAAGUGGUAACAUUCGGAAGGGCAAAGCAGAUGUGGGAAUAG